AUUCACCCACGCUUUUAUAGACCGGCUAGAAAUCUAACUUGCCAGGAACCAGCGUGGCUAGGCUAGCUAGCCUGGAGCUCUGGAGGCAGCCUAGCUAGCUAGCUAGGUAGAUAAAAUAAUCCUAGACAACAUGCAGCCUAUAGUUCAGCUACAAGGCAACAAGCACUUCUGUUAUCAAGUCAGAAAGUAAGUUUUGUUCAUUAACUAAGGCUAUAGAUAUAUGGCCUGGCAUAUAAUUUUGUACUUGCAUGACUGUGCUAGAUAUAUAAUAUAUUAGAUCUAGUCGAUGUUUCCCUGGUGGUGAAAAAGUAGACAUUGUGAUAUUUAUUAUAAUGCUCAGCAGACUUGCGCAAUAGUGACACUCUAGUAAAAUUUGAAUGUGUACAUAGAUCUCUAGCUACCUGUAUUGUCUCAGUUGAUAGCCUACUAGAAGGUCUCCAUCAGUCAAACAUGUCCUGUUCUGUAGCUGCAGGUAGCUGUAGAGAUAGACCUAGAUUGACAGAAAGUAGUGACAGAAUUGUGCUAACAGCAUUAGUGAAGUACUUCCACUACGUCUCUGAGACCUGGUCAGCUAGAGGCAGUGCAACCUGUACUUAAUGGUGAAGAUGUUUUCAUAAGAAUGGCAACUGGUUCCGGAAAAUCUUUGUGUAUGUUUCUUCCCCCGUUGAGUUCAAGUGACACGUCGGCUGCAGCUGUAGUAAUCAGCCCUUUGAAUGGCCUAAUGGAGCAACAAGUGGGGCAAAUCACCAGCAUAGGAGUGAGUGCAACUCUGGCAACAAAGAAUAACUAUGAUGCCGCUGCUCAAGGAAGUUAUAGAUUUGUUUUUAUGUCUCCUGAAACGGUUGUAAGUGCACCAUGGCGUCAGUUCUUUACAACUCCUUUCGCUAAACAACACCUUGUUCUAGUUGCUGUUGAUGAAGCUCACUGCAUCACUGAUUGGGGGAAGUCAUUUCAGCCUGCCUUUGAGAAGCUCGGUUGUUUGAGAGCUUUAACAAGAGUGCCUUUCAUGGCUCUAACUGCUACAGCUUCAAGUGAAACACAAGAUGCUAUAGUAAAGUCUCUCCAUCUCGUACAUCCAGUUUUUGUCUCCCAGCCACUGGAUCGCCCUAAUAUUUAUGUGUCUGCUAGUCCACUUAAGGCGUUAACUACUGACUGAGUGGAAUUCUUCGGUGUGCAUCUCCAAACAGCAUUCCCAAAAUCUUGAUUUUUGUUCGUACCAAGAAUGAUGCAUGUAAAGUGUAUGGUGUCCUGAAGACAGCUGCUUACUGUUCUAAAUAUGUUGGAAUGUAUCAUGCAUCAUUGACAAGCCAAACCAAGUUGAUAAUAAGGACUGACUUCCAAGGCAACACACAACUCCGUUGUCUGGUGGCAACUGUAGCAUUUGGAAUGGGGAUGGACGUUGGAGACAUCAAGGUAGUUAUUGUUUAUGGUGCCCCAAAUGGAAUCAAUGAACUGCAUCAGCUUUUUGGGCGUGCCGGAAGAGACGGAACUGCUGCCCGCGCUCAUGUUUUCUACAGUAACAAACAAAAAAACAUAAAUCCAGUCAUCGAAAAUUUUUGUAAAUCGAAGGAAAACUGUAGAAGAAAGUUUAUGUUAUCAGCUGUAGGAUGUUCCCAUAGUGUAGCGAGGAACACGUCGACUGAUACCAGUAAUCAUAAUCCAUGCUGCGAUGUUUGUGAUCCUAGUGUUUGUUCUGCUCAUAUAGUGUGUUUACAGCCUGUUUUGUCAUCAGCAAGAAGACCCAAACGUCGGCGUGUAAGAGUAGCCUCACCGGAAGAUAGCACAAAUCUAGAAGAGAAGCUCAGAAAAGUACGGGAUGAUAUCAUUUUAAAACACCCUGGAUUUCAAAUGUUAGGUGGCGAAUUCGUUUUAUCAUCAUCUGUAAUUAAGGCGAUGUGUAAAGAUGUGCAAUUUAUAGAUUCGGUUGAGUACAUAAAGGAACGUUUUGGUGUGAGACCUGAAUUGUGCGAUGAACUAUUUUCUGUAAUUGAGAGUGUUUUUUUACUACUCCAUCGGCUAGUAAAAGGCUACACUAAUUUUUAUUCUUUUUAUGUUUUGUGA